ACGACAAAGUUUGCUUGCUGCGUGCGGGCCGCUGUGUCUCGUAGUAGUUUUUCGCGAUGGCUCAUUUUUCGAGUCGUGAUAGCACGUUGUGACGAGUCCAUGCGGUUGUCCAUCGGUCGCUUCGUGUGCGUUGGCUGUGUUGACUCGUGAAGGUUCCCCAAGGGGGGUGAGAGAAGGAACGCUGCUUUUCUCACCGGGAUGGAUUCGUGCUUCGGCGCGCGCAGCCUGUUCGGAGGACACUCGAGCACCGACACGCUGUUCAGCAGCACCCAGCUCGAAGUCAUUCAGGACCUGGACCUCUACUUCAUUCGACAGAUAGCGCACAGCCUCGGGGAGUAUGACCUUGAGCAGAAGAUUGACCUUGAGAUCAAGAUGCGCGAGGGCACAACGAAGCUGCUCGCCGUGUGUCAACACCGACCACAGAGCCUCGAAGCAGCGAAGUCUCUGCUUACCUCGAACGAGCGCAUGGCUGCCUAUGUUGCCGAGCUGCAGCGCCGCAAGACGGCCGAUCGUCCUAAGCAGACAAUUGGUGGAUUCCCUCUGGAGUUGUCACGUUCCCGUGUGGCAGUGUCAGAGAUCCGAAUGCCGCUGAUCUGGAAAGACACAGACCACUUCAAGAACAAAGGCGACUACCGCCGGUUUGCUGUUUUCUGCCUGCUGAAGAUUGGCACUGAGAUCUACGACACUGCUAUGGUCAGCAACGUGGACCGUAGUAUGACUGAUGUCUCCUUUGACGACACAAUUGUUUUCAACAACAUUCCACCUGACUUUGAGUUCAAGCUGGAAGUGUACAGCCAUAUCCUACAAGAUGACCUCAGCAUGGCAAGCACACCACGAAAAAUAAAAACGAAAAUCACCAAUUCAGUCAGCCGAGCUAUAGGACGCAAGUUGGCUGCAUCACUGAAAGAAGAGCUGAACUCCUUUGAAAUAGGGCCAAAGUUUCAGCUAGAGGCUCAUGCUACACUGCGACUGAGUGAUGCCGACGACAAGGCCCACACCUAUGAUCUCACCAUUGAGAACCAGGAGAAUCCACAGCAUCAACUACCUCUAUUUGGACACUUCUGUUGCAAACUGGCUGUCGUGCCAGAUUGCACCCAUGAAGAGCAGCUGUCAGGAUACCUUGGUGUUGUGCAGUUGGCCAAUGGUGUGAGUGGCCGUCGACGUCUAUGGUGUGUACUCAAGAACUUUCAGCUCUGCCUCUGGACAAGUCCAGAAGAUGCCAGGCAUUUACCUCCUGUUCUGAGCAUCCCAAUCAACAUGGACACGCGUCUACGCACUGACAACUGCUCUUCAAAGUACAUGCAUGCUGUUCGCAUAAUCAGUGCUGUUGCUGACAAAGUGCAAGAACAUCUCAUUGUUGCUGAUGGCGAACAGGACUUCACAAAGUGGUUGCUUCACUUACGGCAGCACAUUAAGGAUCACGAGCUAUGGGGCAAUCUUGCAUCGAAGCACAUGGAAAUUCCUUCUCCGGGACCUCGUAGAGCACCAAUGUUUCUGCACGCUCGACAGAUGUCUCUCUAUGAUGAGACGUCCUUAAAAGACUCUCCGCAGGGUUUGACUGCAUCUGCAGUGCAAGACGGUGGCCAGCGCAUUUCGCCAACUUCAGUUCGGUCAAGAAGUUCAAGCACCUCCUCAGCUUCUAGUUCAGUCAGUGGCAGCCGCAACUUUCCAUUGUUGCCUGUUAGAAAAACAUUCGGUUAUUUCUGAACAGUGAUGCCCAACAAUUCCUUACUGGUUAAAAAGAGAGACUUAAUUCACUUUCUGUCCCAAACUGGGACAAAUUCGCAUUCAGCCUUGCAUUGCUGGCUUGAAUGUGCGCUUCUUUAGCAUAUCUUAGCCCACUGUGACUUUUAUGUUUAAAUCAUCCCCGAGUUUUACUUCAACAUUGCAGUAAUCUUGACUUCUAGUCGCAGUGCCGGCUCAACUGUUCUGUGUCAUUUGUGCUGCUAUUUCACUGAUGCUGCUAGUUUUCAUGCCUGCGAAGCACCUGGUGUGCAUUGGCUUACACUGUUAACAAUGAAAAUGUUUUCUUCUGCUGCUGUUUAAACGUGAACGGUGUGUGGAUUCAGCAGCUUUGUGGAUUAAAGUUCGUAACUUAGUGGCACUUGCCAUUA